AUGGAAGAUUCUCAUGAAGAAGAGUUUUUAGAUGUUGACCAAUUAAUAUCAAAGGAAGCACUGGCAGAACUUUACUACGAUGAGCAUGAAGAAAUGCAAGAUCAAGAUUUCGAGCAUUAUGAAUCAGAUAAUGAAAAUAUGCAAGAAGAACAGGAAACGGACAUGGAGCAGCAGGGCACAGGUGAUAAUGAAGCAAACCAGAACACUGUAAAUUGGGCAGAGGGAGGGACUCCAGCUGCCAGUAGAAAGCAGCUUACAUUGCAAAAAAAAAAAAGGCAGAUUGUAGAUGCAAUGCUUGUCACAAUGCAAAAUGGCAUGUUACCUAAGGGACUCAUGAAAGAAUUAUCAAUUCAAUUCAGUGUACACAAGUCAACAAUCACAAGAGUUUUUGCUGACAUUAAAAAACAGAUGGCAAUAGGGAAUACAAUUGAUGUCAGGACUAAGAAGUAUGGCAGGACAGGUCCUAAGCCAAGGGAAUUUUCAGACGCAUUCCUACAAUCAGUCCCACUUUAUCUUAGGCAGACAGAGAGAAGUUAUGCUGCUACCCUGAAGAUUUCUCAUGUUACUCUACACAACCUAAAGAAAAAGGGAAGGCUAAGAACACAUACAUACAGUACCAAGCCUGCACUCACACCAGACCACAAGAUUGCUAGAAUGAAAUGGGUGCUGUCACAUAUAAAUCCAAUCACAGCAAAUGAGGACCCCACUUUUGUUAGUAUGAACCAUGUUAUACACAUAGAUGAGAAAUGGUUCUAUCUUAAUCCUGACAAGAGAAGAUUUUAUCUUCUUCCAGGUGAAGAAGACCCAUACAUGGCACAACAGGAAAAAAGAUUCAAGUUAAACUAUGUUUAUGGCUGUAAUUGGGAAGCCAUUGUAUGA